AUGCCAGCUCCUUCGCCCCAGUCUCCGCCCUCUCCGGAGUCGCUCGCAGAAAGCAUCCAGAGCGGGCCUGCUUCACCACCUUACCAGCCACCCAACCCUCACGAGCCCCUGCCACCCAUCUAUGCAAGCCAGUCAAAUCUCGCUGCGCCUGUUCAGCCUGUCGCCAAUGACGACCAUAUGCUCCACGAUGCUGCUAUAGCCGCUCUCGCAUCCGGCGAAGCCGACAUCUCUGGCCAGUCUGCUGCCGAUUCACCGCGUAACAAGUCUUCUCAUCAGCACCCUGCAGCCCAAGGUCACGGCAUUCUCGCCGACUCGGCAAGCUCUUCCGGCCCUAACUCGCGUCCUGGCACCGCAGGUCCACGCGUCGCCAUCACUGACCCACUCGCCGACUUUCGAGACCGUCAACUCUCCAAGCCGCCUGGUUUGGGUCCCAACUCUGAUUACCCCCCUCGUCAGACCAACCGCCCUCCCGGCGCAUUCAAUUACAACAGCAACAUUCCUUACCGUCCUCCCUUUGUUCGUCAGGAUAGCGAGGUCUCCUCCACCGACGGUGGCAACGACCGCGACUUUGGCGACUUUGACUGGUCUGACGAAGAGGAUCUCGAUGAAGCGGUUCGCUUCGAAAAUGAACAAGCCAAACAGAUUCGCAUGGGCCGUCUCAGUCUUUGGAAAAUCCUCAACUUUCUCGCAACCACUUUCCUCGGCAAUCUCAUUAUCUCUGUUUGCCUCUUGGUGCCCGUCAUCGUCAUUCAGUAUGUUUACCGCCGCCGCGGCCCAGACGAGGGUCACCGCGAUUUCGUAGCAGACAAUGUCCAGGCCUGGUUCAUCUGGGCUGCUUUCAACCUCCACGUCGAAUGGUGGAUCCAUCUGCUCGUCGAGCUCUUCCCCAAAGCCGUGCUCAGUCUCAUUCAGCUCGUCUGGGGACGUCCAAGUCAACGUGUGCUCUCGCUCGCAGAGUAUUUCAAUGCCAUCAAGGGCUACAUCAAGCUCGUCUGCUAUGCUGCCCUGAGCUGGGGCUCCUGGGCCAUCAUCUUCAACUCUAUCUACGGUCUCUACAAUCACACCAACGCUCGCGACAGCCGAGCCGGCUACCUCUACCGCAUUUACCAGGUCAUCGAGUUCUUUUUCUUCUUCACCUUGACCAUCUGCGCCGAAAAGAUCAUUAUCAAGCAUAUCGCCAUGUCCUUCCACCGCAGUGCCUAUGCUGACCGAAUCGCCAAAGUCACCAAGUCGCUCAAGGUGUUUGACUGGCUCCGCGAUCACAAGCCCAAGCUCAAGUCUCGCGACACCGCAUCCGCCUUUGGUCUGUCUCGCUCUGCACGUGCUUCCCCCAGCGCCAGCGGUGCUGCCACGCCCGUUGCUCCCACGGACUUUGCUCUCGAUACGGACAACAAAGGCUCGCGCAACGUCUCGGACUCUAGUAAGAGCUCCUGGCUCAAGAAGCACAGUAAGAAACGCCCCUCGGGCCAGCAAGCUGCGUACACAGCCGUAAACGAUCGCGCCAUCGAUCCUGCCACGGGCAAGCCUGCAGAAGGCCAGGCGCCUGCACGCGGUGACGGCAAGUCCAACCUCAUCGCACGUGUCGCAGCUCGCGGAGGACGCAGGGUGCGCGUGACGGCAGGACAAGCCAGCACACUGGCGCGUGUCGCCAUGAACGACCCAUUCGGACUCCUCCGCAAUGAGGCGCUUGGUAUCGGCACCGACAUCAAUUCGCCCGCCGAAGCCAAGCGUCUGGCUCGUUCCCUCUUUGUCGCUUUCCGAGGUGCACACAAGCGUAGCUACCUCAUUCCAUCCGAUUUCGAGCCCGCUUACUCCAACCCUGAAGAUGCUCGUGAUGCAUUUAGCGUGUUUGACCGCGACGGAAAUGGCGACAUUUCGCAGACCGAGAUCAAGAACACUGUCAUGCAGGUCUACAAGGAGCGUCGCUUCCUCAGUCGAUCCAUGCAGGACGUUAACCACGCCGUCGGCCAGCUCGAUGGCAUCUUUUUGGUUGUGUGCCUCGUCAUCAUCAUGUUUGAGGCGUUCGCCAUCUUCAACGUCAACAUUGGCAAGACGCUCACCACCUUCUACUCGCUCGCCAUCGCAUUCGCAUUCGUAUUCAAGGAGUCGGCCGCCAACGUCUUCGACUCGAUCAUCUUCAUCUUUAUCACCCAUCCCUUUGAUACGGGUGACAGGAUUCAGAUCGGCGAAGUGGUGCUCGUGGUCAAGCGCAUGUCGCUGCUCUCAUGCCUUUUUACCGAUUCGCUCAAUCAAGAUGUCUACAUCAGCAACGUCAUUCUCUCGGCCACCAGCAUCCUCAACAUGCGUCGCUCGGGCUACCAGUGGGAGGCCAUCACGGCGCAAUUCGACUUCAACACACCCAUCGAGAAGCUCGAUGCGCUCGAAGAGGACAUGAUCCACUGGCUCCAGACCGAGCCUGAACGACUCUUCGUACCCAGCACCGCCAUCGUUCCGCAAAAGAUCGAGUACAUGCGCAGCAUUGAGUGCACCAUCGGUAUGACACACGCCGACACGUGGCAGGAUUGGGGACGUCGCUUCUACCGCAAGAACGCCUUCUUCUCUGCCUUUGCCUUCUACGCCAAGAAGCACGGCAUUCGGUAUGCCAACCCUGUGCAGCCCAUCGUCUACUGGACCGAGGAUGCUGCAUCCUUACCUCCUAGCUACGACCCUUCAGACCCGCGCGCUUCUGCUCCGCGUCGCCCGGAUAGUCUUGGCGACGAAGACGACAAUGGCUAUGUGCUCGAUGAUUUUAGCCCGUCGCCGUACCCGAGCCCUCAGAUUCGCGCUGCUGGAGGUGUGGUUGCGUUGCCGCCCAAGAAACCGAAGUCAUUCAUGAAUUUCACGCCUCCGCCCGACGAGCUCGAAGUGGAUGCCGCCAAUGUGCGCAUGCGAAAAGCCAGGCGCGACGCUAAGAAGUUUGCCAACCAAGGAGGCGAUGGCGGCGGUGGUUGA